AAAGCUUAUGAGCACCAAACAGCUCAAUUUGCAGAUUCCUCUAUUUUCUUCAACAAAUCGAAGUACGCCCUAUUAUUUUUCUCCUUCUUUUUUCUUUGUUCCCAUAUUCCCACUGUUCCCAGUUUGUAAAUCAGGAAAUUUAGCAUUAUUUCGGUGCUAUGGCUGCCAGAGCUGAAGAACCAAUCAAUGAGCAAGCAGUUGCUAACAUAUAUGGUUCCAUGAGGGCUGAGAUCAACCAGAUUUACUCUAAAAUUACGGAACUAGAGAUGGAAGUUAGUGAACACUCACUUGUGAUCAAUGCUGUACAACCACUUGAUCCUUCAAGACGGUGUUAUAGGAUGAUUGGAGGUGUUCUAGUAGAGAGAACUAUCAAGGAAGUCCUGCCUGCUGUUCAACGCAAUAAGGAGGGAAUUGAGGAAGUAAUAGCUCGACUGAAUGAAGCUCUGGAGAAAAAGAAAAAGGAAAUAUCUGACUUUGAAACCAAGUAUAAAAUUAGAAUGAGAAAACCUGAUGCAGAAGUAAAAGAGGAGAGUGGUCGAAAGGAAGGCUCCGCACAAGGAGUCCUUGUUGGUCCUGCUGGUUCAAAUGAGUAGACCAGUCUGUUUGCAAAAUCCAUUUUGAGAUACUUUGUUGAAUAUGGUCAAGGAACUAUUAACAUUUUAGCAUAGCUAUUCCGGUUAUUAGCGUGUGAUUUAUCGUGUUUAUUUAGCUUACUCAGCAUGAACGUGAGGUUUUUGGUUUCUUAUGAUGAGAAAGUUUAUAUGAUCAGAUUAGUGGUCCGAAACCAUGCUUCACGCCCUACGGGGUUUUUCACUAGACGAUGGUGACCUUUGGCAAUCUUGAUUUCCCUCCUUGAACAUAUGCAAGUGCUUCUACAUGUCGAGGCAUGUGGCAUUUUCUGCUUCCGCUAUGGAUUGUAGUUUAUUAGAUGUUUGAAUACUGUUGUAGAUGGUUGAAUUCGGUUGGUUUUCCAGCCUGCUUUUGUUAGUCA